AUGGUGGAAGUAAAGCUGGAUAACGCCAACAAUAUUGUUACCAAUGGCAUGUAUAACCUAGGCGAUAUUUCAUGGAUCCUUGUGUCCACAUGUCUUGUCUUCCUCAUUGGGCCCGGCAUCGGGUUCUUCUAUGCCGGCCUCUUACGGCGUAAAAAUGCGCUUAGUAUGAUUGGGUUGUGCUUUGCGCUCAUGGCCGUCGUCUCUAUACAAUGGUUUUUCUGGGGCUUUUCCUUGGCAUUUAGCGACAGCGGAAACCCUUUUAUUGGUGACAUGAAGAAUUUCGGCUUGAUCAAUGUUGAUAUGCAGCCUAGUGCUGGGGCCAAAACGAUCCCGCAACUUGUCUAUUGUAUCUACCAAAUGAUGUUUGCUAGCAUUGCACCUGUCAUUAUGUGUGGCGCUUUUUCCGAGCGCUGUCGCAUCGGGCCCAUUCUCAUAUUCGCAUUCUGCUGGACGACCAUUGUCUACGACCCGAUUGCUUUUUGGACGUGGAAUGUGGGGAAAGGAUGGGCUAACAAAUUGGGCGCACUUGACUUUGCCGGCGGAACGCCUUUGCAUAUCAGUUCUGGCAGCGCAGCCUUGGCCAUCUCCUUGUAUAUUGGCCGUCGUCGCGGGUACGGUACGGAACAGCUUGCGUACCGUCCGAAUAAUGUAACGUAUGUUGCGCUCGGCACAAUCCUGCUUUGGUUUGGGUGGUUUGGCUUCAACGGUGGCUCCGGGCUGGGCGCCAACCUGCGCUCGGCACAAGCGAUUAUGGUCACGCAUAUUUCCGCAUGCAGCGGUGGCUUUACAUGGAUGCUGCUUGAUUACCGCCUCGAGCGCAAAUGGUCGGUUGUCGGGUUCUGCUCCGGUGUCAUCUCUGGGCUUGUCUCCAUUACGCCAGCGGCUGGGUACGUCGGCACGCCAUCCGCUCUUGUCUUUGGCAUUUUGGGUGCAGCUGCUUGUAAUUUUGCCACCCAACUCAAGAAUCUGCUUGGCUACGACGAUGCGUUGGAUAUCUUUGCUGCGCAUGCUGUCGGUGGCAUGGUCGGCAACUUUUUGACGGCGUUGUUUGCCGAUGGCCGCGUAUCGAGCUUUGACGGGAGCGAUCCUUCACUUGGCUCUGGCUGGAUCAACCACCAUUGGAUACAGCUAGGAUACCAACUGGCGGCCGCAUUUUCCGGUAUGGGCUGGUCUUUUGUCCUCACGUUUAUCCUGCUCUUUAUCGUCGAUCACGUACCCUAUUGCCACUUCCGCAUGUCGGAAGAGGACGAAGAGGACGAAAUGGUGGGUGCAGAUAUUGCACAGAUCGGUGAGGAAGCGUACGCGUUUCUUGGUACGCUCGAUUUGCAUCUUAUGGGGAACUCCCACUUGCAUAAGGAUGCGGAAAAUGCAACAUUUGCCGAUAAUUGGCUUGCGCGAGAGAAGCCCGCAAAUACCUCCAACGAAGCACUGCAUACUGCUACUGUGCCAGACAAUGUGGCCUAA